AAACUCGCAACACGGUGGUCUCUUCUUCUUCUUUUAUACUCGUAGAAAAAACUGAGGCUGUUAUCUUCCCGCGACUCAUAUCACUCUCUCUAUCUGUCUCCCUCUCUGACUGGAAACUUGUACAUUAAUGGCCUCCAUUUCAACUCUUGGAAUUCCAUUCCAGUCCCCUGGAAGAGCUUCAACAUCCACAAGAUGUUGCAGACCGAUUGCAACUCUAACUUCUCAUCAUCCAGAUGUUUGUAUUAAAAAAUGUGCCGGGGUCAUCGAGAGAAGACAAGUUAUAAUGUUAUCUGUUGGGUUACUGGCCGGAGCAGCUCUGCAGCAUUCUUCUUCAAAUAAAGAUGCUGCAGCUAUGGCAGCCGAAUUCACUGACAUGCCAGCUCUCAGGGGGAAGGAUUAUGGCAAAACAAAAAUGCGGUAUCCGGACUACACAGAAACAGAAUCAGGUCUUCAGUAUAAGGACUUGCGAGCAGGAAAUGGUCCCUUGCCUAAGAUGGGAGAGACAGUUGUAGUCGAUUGGGAUGGUUACACCAUAGGAUACUAUGGUCGCAUAUUUGAAGCUCGAAACAAGACAAAAGGUGGCUCCUUUGAGGGAGAUGACAAGGACUUCUUCAAAUUCAGACUAGGAUCCAGAGAGGUUAUACCUGCUUUUGAAGAAGCUGUUUCAGGAAUGGCUCCUGGUGGCAUUAGAAGUGUGUUUGCAAAUUUCACAGUAUGCUUCACAGCGAUGCAGGAUCAUUGUGCCCCCAGAAUUAGGAUAUCCUGAGAAUGACUACAACAAGAGUGGGCCAAGACCAACAACAUUUUCGGGUCAACGAGCCUUGGAUUUUGUGUUGAGGAACCAAGGGCUGAUAGACAAAACUUUGCUGUUCGAUAUUGAACUCCUUAAAGUGAUCCCAGGCUAACUCCGAGCUGAUUCCCCUGUCAGGGUGUACGUAUUCCACUAUUGCCGUCAAACAUUCGGGUUAGAUUUUGUUCUUUUGGGUAUUGAAAUAGAGGUCAAUAUAUAUAUUACUGUAUAUCCACAUCAAAAUCUGAAAGGAAGUUUUGAAUUUGACCA